AUGCCCCUUAAUGUCUCUACAAUGACAAUGAAGGGUGUACUACAACGCCCACCUCCCAGACACAUGAGAAGUCGCGGGGAUGAGGGGUUCAGGACCCCGACAUUUGAAGAUGCGGAACACGACCUGUCGACAGGCAGUAAUGGAACAUUGUUGAGCCAACCAACAGCGCAGGCAUUGCGCGACGCCCAUACAUCGGCAUUGGAGUCAUUGCAAGGGUCGUCCACUCGAGUGAUCACUGGGACGAUCGCGAGGAAGAACAGCAAGAUCAAUGAUACUGAGUCGGCCGAUUAUGUAGAGACCGACUCGUCGUCCGCCGUCAAUCUCAGCUGGAGAGAACGUAUCCGCCAUUUCACCUGGGCCUAUUUCACAUUGACCAUGGCAACCGGGGGAAUCGCAAACGCCUUGUAUGCUGUCCCUUAUCGAUUUCGAGGCCUUGAAACAAUUGGCAUUAUCGUUUUUCUGUUCAACGUUGUGCUGUACCUUGCCAUAUGGGGUCUGCUCAUCACUCGAUUUUACCUCUAUCCAUACACCUUCAAGGCGUCUUUUCUGCACCCGACAGAAUCACUAUUCGUCCCUGCGUGCAUUGUCUCCUUUGGAACAAUCUUGAUCAACGUCUCGCAAUAUGGCCCAGAGAAUACAGGUUAUUGGCUGGCCAAGGCCGUCGGUAUUCUGUAUUGGAUUGACGCGAUUCUGGCAGUGAUCUUCUCGGCAGGGAUAUACCUCCUUCUGUGGUCAACGCAGACGUUUACUAUAGCUCAGAUGACCCCGAUUUGGAUUUUCCCGGCAUAUCCAAUGUUGAUUAUCGGGCCUCACGCUGGCAUUCUGAGUAGUAAACUUGAACCUUCUCGCUGUUUGACCAUCAUCAUCGGUGGCAUGACUAUUCAAGGAGUUGGAUUCCUGGUGUCCUUGAUGGUGUAUUCGGCCUUCAUUUAUAGAUUGAUGUCGCAGAAGUUGCCCAAGGAAAACGUGCGGCCAGGUAUGUUCGUCUCUGUCGGACCUAGCGCCUUCACUGUCUCAGGGAUUGUGAAUAUGGCUUCCGAAAUGAAGAGAUGCUUUCCUAAUAAUUUCAUGGGCAAUGGGGCCCUGGCUGCUGAUGUUCUGAGAUUCGUCAUCAACUUCGGCGCCUUGUGGUUAUGGGGUCUGGCCAUCUUCUUUUUCUUUAUAGCAAGUUUUGCCCAUUGGUCGACAAUCGGACACGGACGGAUCAAAUUCUCGAUGGCCUGGUUUUCUUUCGUGUUCCCCAACACUGCACUGGUAAGUGCCACCUUCGCAAUUGGCAAUGCAUUCUCAUGUAAACCGAUUCUGAUCGUCGGGUGUGUCAUGGUGUUCCCUCUCAUUUUGAUGUAUAUCUUCGUGUUCAGCAUGAUGGUGCGAGCAAUUGUCCUGCGCCAUAUCCUAUGGCCUCAGAAGGGUGAGGAUAAAGAUGAGGGUGGGUUUGAGAUGAACCGGGUGCAGCCUGAGAUUCCAGCCAUUCGAACAAUGGAGGUUUGA